AGUUGAUGGCGGAUAGUUAGACAGUAAGUUCUCAAUGGAGUGUGCCGGAAGGGGAACGGGAAGGAGGUGCAUUGGGCCCGCCACAAGACGCUGUGGUCGCUGUGGAGCCGUUGCUUAUUGUUCCGUUUCUCACCAGGUUUCACACUGGAGUGAUCAUAAAGAAGAGUGUGGGAGGUUAGAGCAACAGAUGAAGCGUGUGGAUGUCUUAAGUGAUUUCCCCUUCACGUUCACUCCGGAGGCCACAAUUCGGAUUGUUGAGAAGCAGGAGAGUAGGUGCUCAUUCCUGAGCAAUAGGGGUCUUCAUCGGGUGGGAAUGUGGAUGUGUGAAUGUCCUUGCGGCGAUUCCCUUGUUUCUCUUGAGUAUUCAAGGUUAAGUGAUUGCUGGAAUCUUUCAAGUACCUUGUGCCCAUGUAGUGGCCCUAUAUCUAGAAUGUCAAAGUGUUUAACUAGUUGGAAGGACUAUUAUCAAUGGAGGUGCAUCCCUCUACAUUCACCAGUUGCUUUGCUUCUUCACUGGCCACUUAUGGUGUAUCACGCUACUCAACUUGCUGCUAUGAGAAACUUGAGUGCUGAAAUCACUAAUAAGUUGUGCAUACAUUAUCUUGGGCCCGAGAAAGAGCUUCUUCAACUUGCUGUGUUUGGGGAGUUGCAUGCACUUUUUCCCGGUGUGCAGGUGCAUAUAGAGUUAAUUGGGCCUGCAAUUCCAGAAUCUAGGGAUGGUGAGAGAGUUGAUCUUUACACCUAUGCUCAUUGCAUUGAGACAGAUUGCAUGUGCAAAUCGUCAAGUGGGAAUACCUGCUCGGAUGUAUGCUCUGGUAGAACUUCAGCAGUGACACUGAGGCUCCAUAAAGGUUUUUAUCAUGAGCGGUUCCGAGAUAUAGUGAAGGAUUCCAUUCCUCAUUUAGUCAUUGCUCCAAAUGCUGGAAUUGCUGCCUAUUCAAGUUGGUUACCAACCAUUGAGUUGAUAAAGGAACUAAAUGUCCCAGCGGUUUUUUCUGAUUACUGUGAAGAAGCUUCUCAUCUGGCAUCUUGUUGCAUAAGCACCGUAACUGGCCACCCUAUGACAAUUCCUAUUCAAUUGAAUCCAUUCAGACAGCCAAUGGUCAUAGAAGAUAGUGCUCUGUUUCUUCCAUGUUACUCAAAUUGCUUUCUAUUUGGGAUAUGAGCUGGUUUGCUAUUUCAUGUGUUCCAGUAGUGUUCUCAGAGUUCUUCCCAAGAAUAUUCCUGUAUCUCUUGAACCAAUAGAAUAUAGGACUAAGGAAGUACUGUUCAAGUGAGUAAUGAAGCCUGACAUGAUAUGUUCGCUGAUGUAGCAGUCUUGUUUUUUAGGUGAUAAGAAGGAUUCUUGAUGACAUAUCUAUGCAACUUGUCAUGAGAAAACAGCAAACUGGCAAAGCAAACUGGCAAAGCAAGAUCAAGGGUCGGUGCUUGAAACAACCCUUACUAAAACUGAUCCAAGGCAUGUGCGAUCCAAGAAAGACUUAGAAGAUCUCUCAGAAAUUUGCUUACCUUGACCUGGGUUGUGGCUAAUCAUUUGAAUCAGAAGUUCAUGGUAUUGGUUUUCAAGUUAUUUAUGGCUAAUCAUGUGUAUGAUCAUCCUACACAUUGAAGAAUGAUCAAGUAGCCAAGCUUGAAAAUGAUUAAUCAUCCCUACACAAGUCUUUGAUUGUCCUUGUAUAAUUUUGAUUCCACCUUUGGUUUUUUUGUUAUGUCGUAAACCUUUUCAAUUAAACUUGAUUAUGUAGCAUGUGUAACAGAAGUUUGAGGGUUGCCACAUGUUCCUUUAAGUUUCCUAUAUAUAUAUAUAUAUGGUACACAUAUUAUGGUAUUAA